AUGGUCGACUACUACGAUACCUCCCAAGUCACCUCAUUUGUCGAUGGAGGGUGGGAGCACGCAGACAAGCCCCUAUCCUCCCCAGCCGAGAGCACAACAGCAUAUCCGGCCAUCCUCGUCGAGUACAUCACCUUGUUUGUCAAGACGGGCGCGACAGGGUCCCGCAAAUUGGCCGUCCGGAUGCAGACGGCCGACGAGACGUACCACUACAGCAACAGCGCCAGUUACGCCAAGGGGGUUAUCAUCCGCGCCGUCACGCCGCGAUACGGUACCAACGAUCUCCACAUUGAGGAAGUCGAGAUCGCUAAAGGGGAUUUUUAUCCCCCGUGUGACUGGGUCCAGACCAACACCUAUAUCAACAACAAAUCCGCCGAGUCUCCCUUUGUCAAAGUGCGGCCCUAUAACUACCAUUCCGCGAGCGACAGUCAGCCCGGCUGGGGCUGCUGCUGGAUGGUCAAGGAUGGCCACAAGUACAGCAUCUCCACCCGCCAUUGGUGUACGUGGCCGACAGGUGAGACCACGCGCACCGUCGGGUCGGCUGACGUCUCAGCUUACUGA